GCGAUGACGACCCAACAGAUGAAUUUAGGGGCACUAGCAUAAUUAAGUACCCAGCAAAGCCGAGAUGGCAUCAACCUCAGAGCUCAGCCCGGCCGAGUUGGCCGCCAGAGGCCUAGAGAUAACAGGGCGGGAAAUGUUCCAGGACUUCCCAGAUGACAUCGAGGGCUCUCGCGUGGGGGAGCUCAUGGCCGCAAUGCAAGCAGCCUCGCCUACAGGUGGCACCGACAUGGCAUACGGCGGCUCGGAAGCACAACGUCUCCGUCUCUGGACACCAGCAGCAGCGGCAGCGAACGCGGCCCCCAUCAUCGUCUUCGUCCACGGCGGCAGCUGGAAAGCAGGCACCUACCUAGACUCGGUAGGCUCGCUCAAGGUAUCCCACCUCGUCAACAAGGGCUACGCCUUCGCCUCGGUGAACUACACGCUCAUCCCGACCAUCACGGUUGAAGAGCAGGUGCAGGAGGUAGCUGACGCGGUGGGCUUCCUGGCCAAGCAUGCUCGUACUCGUACAAACGGCCUGGACCCGGAGAGGAUACUGCUGAUGGGCCACAGCUCCGGCGCGCACGUCGCCACGCUCCUGGGCACGGACACAAGCUACCUGGCCAGGGCGGGCGUCGACAUCAGGCGCGUGCGUGGGGUUGUGUCGCUGGACGGGUCCAACUUCAACGCCGCCACGGAAAUGAUCGACAGCCCCGGGCCGGUAGCCCAGGGGACGGCAUUCGGGCUCGGAUGGGACAUGGCGCGGCUCCGGGCAAUGUCGCCGAGUUAUCACGCGCGGGCGCCCAACGCGCAGUCCUUCCUCCUGUUUCAGGCUCAGAGGCUAGGUGAUAUCAGGCAGGCUGUUGAGUUGAGCCUGGCGCUUGGGGCUGCGGGGACUGAGUGCGCGAUGCACGUGUUCGAGGGCCCUGGGUUUGAAGGUCAUGUGGCGAUGCUUCUUCGACUUGGUGACCCCUCGUACCCUGCAACGGCUGUGUUGGACCGCUGGCUUGACAGUCACAUUCCAGUGGCGUGA